AUGUCAGAGACAACUUUUCAGGUAGAACCGCUGGCAGCCAGUUUUGGAGCGAAGAUUACGGGGGUCACGCUGGCUGAUCUGGAUCAAGCUGAUUUUGAUGCGCUCUACCGGGUCUGGCUGGACUAUGCCUUGCUCAUUUUCCCUGAUCAGCAUUUAAGUAAUGAAGCACAGACAGCCUUUGCAAAACGCUUCGGUAACCUGGAAUUUGAUCUGGUGCCAAUCAGUAACGUGCGCAAGGAUGGAAGCGUGCGUCAUGACGAUAAAGAUGACGUGGUGAAAAUUUUGAAAGGCAACAUGGGUUGGCACCACGACAGCACCUAUAUGCCGGUGCAGGCAAAAGGCGCCGUGUUCACCGCGCAUACCGUACCCAGCCAGGGCGGGGAAACCGGUUGGGCGGAUAUGACGGCCGCUUAUGAGGCGCUGACUGAGGAUAUGAAAAUUCGCAUCGCCGGGCUUUCUGCCCGCCAUUCGCUUUACUACAGCCAGCAGAAAAUGGGGUUCAAACCCAAAGAAGAUGGCAGCUAUAGCGGUUAUGGGUUUCAUGACGAUUCGCCGCCGUUGCGACCGCUUGUUAAGGUUCACCCGGAAACCGGUCGCCGGAGCCUGCUCAUCGGGCGUCAUGCCUACGGUAUACCGGGGUUAUCCGAGCAGGAUUCUGAAGCUUUGCUGGAUGAGUUGAACACGUUUGCCUGCCAGCCACCUCGGGUAUACCACCACCACUGGCAGGUCGGGGAUGCUGUGCUGUGGGAUAAUCGUUGCCUGAUGCAUCAGGCCACCCCCUGGCCGAUGCAUGAACCGCGGAUCAACGCCUUGAACAAGACCUACGCCAACGGUGUGCAGGCCCUGAAUGAUGUUUCGCUUGAGGUGGACAGCGGCAUGUUUGGCCUGCUCGGACCGAACGGUGCAGGCAAAUCUUCGUUGAUGCGUACCAUUGCAACGCUACAGACCGGUGAUUCCGGCUCUGUGACUUUUGAUGGCGUUGAUAUUGCCGGGCAACCCGAACAGCUGCGUCGCAAACUGGGUUAUCUGCCGCAGGAGUUUGGCGUAUACCCGCGCAUGUCACCACUGACCUUUCUUGAUCACAUUGCAGUGAUGAAAGGGGUGGCGGAUCGAGCCGAACGCAAACACCUGGUAGAACAGUUACUUGUACAAACCAAUUUGUGGGAUGUACGCAAAAAAAGUAUGACAACCUUUUCCGGUGGCAUGAAACAACGCAUGGGCAUCGCUCAGGCGCUGAUCGGUAGUCCUGAACUGGUUAUUGUUGAUGAGCCUACCGCCGGCCUUGAUCCCGUUGAACGGCGACGUUUUCAUAAUCUGUUAGCCAGUAUCGGUGACGAUGUGGUGGUGAUUCUGUCUACCCACAUUGUCGAAGAUGUAGCGGAUUUAUGUACCCGCAUGGCCAUUAUGGCGGGUGGCAGCAUCCUGCUGACUGGUGAGCCGCAGCAGUUGAUCACAAAGCUGGAAGGGCGCUUGUGGCGGGUGGUGGUCGCCAGUACGGAAGUUGAUCGUAUUCGCAGUGAAAUGGAAAUUCUAACGACACGCCGCAUCGCUGGCAGAACAGAAGUCAAAGUCAUUGGUGACACACCGCCGGUGGGGUUUGAGCCGGCGCAACCUAAUCUGGAAGACGUUUACUUCGCCACCCUGCGGGAUGCGGGCGAAAGCGUAGAUGUAGACUGA